AUGUACACAACUAGUUUAUCUCGACCAUAUAUGCUCAGAGUCAGUUCAAGGACGUGGCUGAGAGAUAGUCACGACCUGUUUGACUAUGAAACGCACCAACAUGUUAAAGUUUCCCAUUUUGCAACGUCGUGCCCACUGAAGGUGCUCAGAAAUGACUCAGAAGUCAGCGUUAUCGACUACAAUAACAACGUGGAUAGAGAACAUGACCACCUGCUGAACAUAGUCUGCAAUAGAAACGGAGAUUACAUAGUAGCUCCAGCAGAAAAAAUACAAGGCUCACUUCUGAGCCCACAGAAACUAUGGUUAAUAGUUAGGACACUUCCGUCACAAAGAUACGCUCUCCAAGAAAACGAUAUUAUUAAACUAGGAAGAUUCCGCCUCCGAGUAAAGCAGCUGGUCGCAGGACCAAAUGUAGAGACUCCAGAUAGUAGUAGUGAUCAUACAAUGGGAUACUCUGACAGUGGGUAUAAUUGUGAUGAGACAAAUGACUCACAAAUCGUUAAGUUGUUUGACGGGGUGAUUCCAGAUAAAACAAUCACCUUUGAAGAACAGUGCAAUAUCCAGUGCAGAAUCUGUUUAUCUGAGGGGUACCUUCACUACCCAUCGUCAGACAACACGCCAAAUACAACACCGGCAAACAAUAGUAGCAAUGACACUAGUUUGGAUGUUGAUUCUGGAUCAGGGAAGAUGGAUAUAUAUUCACACCCAAUCAACAGUAACACGAGUAGUUUGGACCCGAGUGUCCAAGAUACGUCAAUUGAUAACCUUGAAAAGAGAGCAACCUUCGAGUCAGACCGAUUAAUUUGUGCAUGCGAAUGCAAAGGAAGCAUCAAGUACGUCCACGUGGAGUGUCUAAGGAAGUGGAUUGACUCCAAGUGGAGCCUCCGAGGAGAAGAUCCACUCCCCUCAAUAGUAUUUAUAAAGGAAGUUUCUUGUGAGCUUUGCAAGACAAACUAUCCAUGCUUUAUCAGACAAAACGGAGAGUUGAUCCAGAUUGUAAAGAUGCCUAAAAUGCAGACUCCAUUUCUAGUGCUCGAAAACACUACUCCCCAAGCUGUGAGAGGAGUUCACUUGGUGUCAAUGAGGGACUCGAAGGAUUUAAAGCUGGGAAGAGGACACGAAUCUGAUUUGAGAAUCCCAGAUGUCUCCAUUAGCCGAUAUCACGCCAACAUCAGGUACGAAAAUGGCCAGUUUUACCUUGAGGACCACGACUCAAAGUUUGGAACUCUGGUUGCAAUGAAGAGGUCCAGAAUUGUUUCAUCAGACGAGCCACUUGCAGUCCAAGUCGGACGUUCAGUCAUAAAUUUGACGGUUGACAAAUCAUUGCCUUACUUCGAGAAGACUUGGCUCACUCUCACUCCAUCAAACCCGCCUGCCGAUUACACGAACUUUGAAGCCCCAAAUGCCGGGAACCACAAUGUUGACAUGAACUUAAAUUCUGCACCAGUUUUUGGCUCUCAAGCUGUCAACGGUAUGAUUCCCACCCCAAAUCUAGUCAAUGUCAACAACAUACCAAAUGUUAAUAACAUGGUUAGUGGUUCAAUCAUUGCUAACGGUGGCAACAUGACUAAUGGUAACAAUAUAGCUAAUGGUGGCAACAUGAACAAUGGUAACUUUGGUAAUCCAAUUAAUAUAACAAAUUUGACUGGUGGUCCUAAUGGCGUUAACGUUCACCCUCAGGGAAUGGGUUCAAACUCUUCUAUUGGUAUUGAUUUGAUGGAACAUCCAAUGCAUCCCAGCGGAUAUAUGACCUUUUACCAGCCCUCAUACACUAACCCCGUCCAUAUUCCAAGCCCAAAUAACUCUAACUCAAUUAGCAGCCGUUCCAAUAAUUUUACGUUUCAGCCAGGUUCAAACACUCCCACUGCUUCAGCCAACAUUAACAAUGGUAAUGUAGCAGCUGGUCAUCCAUUACCGAGUCCCAGCUCAAGGGUUAGCCCACUCAAUGAUUUAUAUUGGGGUUGUCUGAGGGAGGCUGCCAGGCAGAGGUUUGACCCUCAUGCUCUUGACGGCCUCGCCAAUAACCGCCUCAACAGCUUCAGGCUCAACCCACUCACGUCAAGCCGAAACAUGGGAAAUACCAGCCCAAUGAAUGGAACCUCCAUGAUGUCCAACGGUAAUACUAUGAUGAGCAAUUCUGCCCAGAUGAACCCUGGCAGCAGCAGCAGCAGUGGCAUGGGCAUGAACAAUAGUGGAGAGGAUUUGGACAUGCUGCUGCCUGACACUGUAUUUAUCGCAAACUGGAACAACCUGCCAACCAGGAACUUAGAUUUAAACGGGGACACGAGCACUAGUGCCCUGGAACACAGACAUUCUUCACAGGAUUUGGAUAAACCAAUCACUCGCAUUUAA